GUGGUGGUCAAUUAUAAUCAUUCUGUUGUGAAUCUUCAGUAGAACAAUUCAAACAUGUCUACCUUUGCCUUCAUUCUCCUCUGCGUGCAGGCCUGCCUCAUCCACAAUGCGUACAGCGCAUGCCUUGGCACUGGCUACUAUGGCGCCGGUCUCGGCUACGGCUACGGCGGUCUCGGUUGUGGAGGAUGCGGUGUAGGCGGCAUUGGUUACGCCGGUUUGGGUUAUGAUGGCUUCGGUUACGGCGGACUUGGCUACGGCGGCCUUGGUUAUGGCGGUUGGGGCUAUGGUGUCGGUUACGACGGUAUUGGUGCUGGUUACGGUGGUGCCGGUGUUGGCAACGUAGCUGUGGCCGGUGAGCUGCCCGUGGCUGGUACUACCGCCGUCGCUGGUCAGGUGCCCAUCAUCGGCGCUGUCGGUUUCGCCGGUGACGCUCUUGCCGCUGGUUCUGUCUCCAUCGCCGGUCGUUGCGGCUGUGGCUGCGGAGGACCCUAUGUCUACUGAAGACAAUAGUCGACAAAUGAAAUUGUAAUUACUACAAUGAAUUAAAAAAACAAAAUAAACAAAAAAUACAUCA